AUGCCUGAGGUCGGUCUGUUGGUGCUAUCGGCGCUCAAUCUUCCAUCGUUGAAGUCGUUACUCAUCAAUGCUGCUCAGUCCGUUAAAUCGCGUCUUUAUAUACGGGUCCAAGGGCCUGACUUGGAUGAAGUAUUACCGUCAUUAUACCUGCAAUCAUCCAUUCAUUGUCCUCAGCUAGACGUUCGCGUUCUACUUGGCAGAAAGAUUCCCAAGUAUGGCCAUCUUAUUGGGGACGAGAAAGUGCAGGACAUCUCAGUCAUUGAGCCGAAGUACAAAAAGGUCGUGCUGGGAGGCACUUUUGAUCGGUUACACAAUGGUCACAAGGUUCUGCUCUCCAAAGCCGCUUUGCUAGCAAAGGAGAGUGUUGUCUGCGGAGUAACACACAAAAAGAUGAUCGAAAAAAAGUCGCUAUGGGAACUGAUCGAGCCAAUUUCCACUAGAGCACGAGCAGUCGAAGAAUUCGUUUACGAUGUGGCCGAUACUGUUGCUUGUAUUGCCGAACCGAUUGAAGAUCCUUUUGGCCCUUCUAUUCGUAUUCCCGAUCUGGAAGCGAUUGUUGUCAGUCAGGAAACGGUCAAAGGAGGAGAAGCUGUGAAUCGUGAAAGAAAUAUGUCCCAUUUGGAUAUGAUUACGAUUGAUCUCCUAGAGGCAUUUGACGAUGUGCUCAAAGAAACCAAAAUAAGCUCUUCAAGCCGACGACGAGAUGAUCUUGGCAAACUACUGAGACCGCCAACACCACAUCCUGAACGGCCACAACGACCGUACAUAAUAGGAUUAUGUGGUGGAAUUGCCUGUGGUAAAAGCAACAUCGCCAAAAUUUUGAGAGAGCAGCCUGAUUUCGAGGUAAUCGAUUGCGACAAAUUAGCCCACAGCUGCUAUGAACCUGGAAGUGAACUUAUAGAUCUGAUCAACCAAAACUUUGAAGGCGUGGUCAAAGACGGGGUUGUUGACAGGAAGACUUUAGGGAAGCUCGUUUUCGCUGAUCCAGUGAAACUGCAAACUUUAAGUGGAUUAGUGUGGCCCGUGCUGAAGAAGAAAAUUGAGGCUAUUGUGGCAACUUCAAAAAGUGAAGUUGUUGUGAUUGAAGCCGCUGCUAUUGUCGAGGCACAAUGGCACCUCUACAUGAAUGAGCUAUGGACCGUAUUUGUUCCACACGAAGAAAUGGUACGACGAAUCAUGGAUAGGGACGGACUCCCACAAGAACAGGCCGAAAAUCGAAUACGAAGUCAAGUUUCGAAUAAGGAUCGCAUAGAUCUCAGUAAUGUGGUGUUUUGCUCGUUAUGGGCGUACGAGGAAACCCGUUCACAAGUGGAGCGGGCCCUUAAGGACUUGCAAUCACGUCUUUCCCAUAGCUCUUCAGAAUAA